UUAUUUUUCCUCUCUCUCUUAAAAUAUAUUGCUAAAGACGAAAGAAGGAAUUUCUUUAGAAAUUAGGGCAGUAGACCCUUUUCUAUCCGUGCAUCAUCCUCUCUCAUAAGACUUAAGGUGGCUUGAGUACCAAGCUUAAGAAAGAGAAACUCGAAUUGUAUGGAUAAGGAGGGAGUUAAAGUGUCAAACUACAUUGUUAAAAUUGUUGCUGAAAAAUUAAGAAUUUUUAUCGAAAAUCAUGAAGCUACAUUCAAGUUUCAUCCAUGGCAGAUGGCUUCAACUCUUGACAAACUGCAAAAAAUUCUCCGUAUUGGAUUGCACGAGAGAUCAAUUCAUCAUUUGUCGGAUACAGGGACUGCCAGAGAAAUUUUGAAUUUUGCUGCAAAUAAUGUUGGCUCAGUUAAAGUACAGAAUUUGAUAGAAUAUUUAUAUUCAUAUUUAAGUUUACCGAUUCAUUCGUCCAGUUCAAAGAACAGAAUCGAUUCCAAUAAUAAGCAAUUGCCACAUCAUGGGCAAAAAUGUAUGGAAACAGCAAAUAAUUUAUUGAAGAAUUCAAGUGAAGCAAAAAUUUUCGAAAUAAAGAAAUUGAUUGAAAUUGUAGCCCAAGAGUUAGCAUUUCUGGCCAGUAUAACUGAUGAAAACAAUUCUUCAGUUCAUUACAGUUUGAAGCUUUCUAAGUUUCAUAUGGGGUCAGUGAAAAAGCAGAAACUGGCAAGUUGUUCAUAUCCUUCGUGUCUCUUCAACAUCAGGCAGAAGCUCUGGAAGAACAGUCAGCAACUAAACCAGAAAACCCACAAGAAAACUACUACGUCGAAAUCAGUAAAGGGAAAGCUAAACAACAAAAAUGUUUAUAGGCAAAAACAGAACAGACAUUUGUCUAGGCUGACUUUUCAGCGAAGAGUUAACGCAACGAGUAAUCAAAGUAACCAAAAAAUCGCCACGUUGGUUCAAAAAGUUCCGCCGAAAUAUCCCAAACCAAAACGUUUGAUUGAAACUGGUACACAAACUGCACCCUGGACGCCAGAAAGUCCACCAUUCAGUAGUUCGUACCAAAAUAGUUUCAGAAACAUCUCUGACAACGGAGAGGAAGAAAUCUUUGAAUCUGAAGAAGAAGAAUUCUACUGUAAAAGCGAUACACUAAAUGAUGCCAGCAUGAUAACUGAAGAGAUCGCUUCGGAAUUCGCGCGUAGCCGAUCUAGAGUUGAUUACAAAGAACACACAACCUCUUCAAAAUCUAAAGAAUCUGUAAUUAUGGAAGAAAAUGUAUCUAAUAGAAACUAUACAAGUCAAAGUAAUAAUUUGGGAAGUGAUUUGAAAUCGGAAAUGAUUACUCAAUAUUCACUGAGAGAGUCCAUUAGCGCUUCCAGAGAUCAAAAGUCGGUAAUCAAAGGAAGAGAUACCCCCAAUGAUCAGCGUAGCAUCAGAACACAGACUAGUAAAAGUAUUUAUUCCGUUUCUAAGAGAGUUAACAGCUCUUCGAAUAAGAUGACAGAAAAUGAGGAAACAGUCAUUAAUCUUAAGUCCAGAAGCAUGUCUGUGCUAUCAGUAAAGAGUAGCAGGAGAGAUGCAUCAGUCAGAAGUCUCAGUAAAGCUAGCGGAAGCAGUAAAAAGUCAGAACAAAAGAGUACCGCUCCAUCUUCUAAAAGAAGCAGUAUUUCUAAGAAACAUUCAUCCAAUUCCAGAAAGUUAACGUCUCCAAAAACCGUAACAAGCGAUGUUUCAGAUACACAAGAGCCUCAAGACGAAAAUGAAAACCAGAAGAAGACAGAAGCAGUAAUAGAAAAUCUGGACACUUCAAAGUCUCAUGAAGAACCUGAAAAUCGAGAAAUUAAAGAACCACCUGUGGAAUUUCAAGAUGAAUUUCUGAAUGAACUGAACCAAGACUCAAAUAUUUCACUUAAACAAGAAGAUGCAAGCAAUCAGAUCUUAGAUAAUAGUCCACCUCCUCCAAUAUCAAGUAGCGACAAUGAGACUACUUACUUUCCCGUAGUUUCGAAUUCCUCAUCGGCCAGUGGAUGUCUUGAGGAAGACGACAGCGAAGGAUCCAGCAGCAUAAAGGAAAAUGACAACGACUCUCUUGAAUACAGCAGCCACUGGACAGAAGAGAUCACUUCUUUAGAAGUUUCGGAUGCUGAAAUGGAUGAAAGUUUUAAUGAGCGAUUUCUGAUGUACAAAGAAGGACUUCUGGAUGAAGAUGAUGGUAUCGUGGCUUCGAGUGAAGAUGAGACUCCAAGCACAGAAGAACAACAAGUCACGGAAAUCCAAUGUAAUGGUGAAGGUGUACUACACAGACCAUUAACUGAAGUGAUAUGUGAUGAAAACAUGAAAAAUUUCCUUGAAUUAGUCAAAAACAAAGAAAAUAUACUUCAGUUUGUUGAUGAAAACGGUUGGAAUUUAUUGCAUUUGGCUGCUUCUAGAGGAUUAGACGAUUUCAUUGAGGAGCUUCUGCAUCAUGGAAUAUUGAUAGACAGCACUACGAAAGAUGGAUAUACAGCUUUACAUUUAGCGAUUCUGAACAAUGAUUUGGAGUGCUGUAAAGUUCUUUUACGAAAUGGCGCUUCAUUAUUCUCUGGUGACGAAGCAUUCGACAAUGAAUUGCUGUCAAAAAUCAAUACAACGGCCACUUCGCCAGUGAAAAGUUUGGUGGAGAAAUAUGAAGAAAAUCUUAGGAAAGUGCUGAAGAUAACUAAAAUUUUAAAUAAAUUCGGAAGCAACAAGAAGAAUUCAUCACUUGUUUUGCCAAAAAAUUUGUUGAUGACUUUGGCUGAUUUAACUUUAGACGAUGAAGACCAAGGAACUCUUACGAAUGAUGAAUAAUUUCUCUGCAUUAUUCAAAAAGAAGUAUCCAAUGAAAUUAAUGUAAUAAAAUAAAA